GUUGUGCUAGUUGUGGAAAUUCUUUGUAGUUUUUUUAGUUGUAAAUUUGUUGAAUAUAGCUUUCUUGAUGUCUAUUGUUUUUUUUUAUAACAUUCUACAACAUCACACAUAAAACCAAACCGUAAUACACAGGUUUAGAACCUAAAAUGUCUUGACAUAUUACAAGUUUUUUGGAGAAAACUAUAAAAAUAAAUUACAAAAAAAUGCAUUUGGCAACAAAAUUAAUAAGUAAUGAAGGGCAUACGAAAUAAGAAAUUUCGUAAUUAUGACUUUACCACCGUUAUUUAGCUGUCGCUUCCCAACAUAUAUAAAAAGCUGUUCUAAUAAUGAAGUAGAUGUAUUGUGGUAUCACCCUGACUUUUCACAAAGCCGUUAUCCUCCAGGGCAAGAAAGAAGUGAGGCUUGUACACUUAUAUGUUUACUCGUGGCUGCACGAAUAUUGAGAGAAAAUUUAUUCAUCUAUGACAUAGAAAGCUGUCCAAAGUUGAGUAUUGUUGUAGCGGAAGCUAUAAUAGAGGGUAAUGCGACUCAUGCAUGGCUUGUCAAAGAAAGACUUUUAUCGGAUCCAUAUUUGAGUACUGAGGAAGCUUUGAAAUAUGGGGGAAACAGUUUAAAUAUAUUAAAAGAAUGGAAAUUCAAUGUCUUUCACGAAGACAUAGAAACAAGCUUGUACAAAAAUAUAAAUAUAUUUUUGCACAACUGGUACAGAGGUCCAAAAUCUCACACUUUAUUUAUGCUGCUCAUCACAUGUGGACGCACUGUACUAUUCAUAUUUCAAGGAAAAAUCUAUAAGGUCACAUUGUUUGAUUCACACAGUCACACUAUUGUCGAUAAUUCUAGUCGCGGAUUGGUUAUUGCACAAACAACUAUUGAUAGAUUGGAAUCAUUAUGCAACUGGUAUACUAAGGAUGUAUUACAGAAUUGUUACAAUACACAAGCUAAUAAAUAUGAAUUGGCUUUCUUAUAUUCAUACAGCGCACAAUGCACUAAUCACUGUGGAAAUAUUUAAAAUUCAAACAGACAUUUAAAUCUCUAAAAAAUCAUCUAUUUUUAUAUAACUGCAUAUACCGAGGUAUUUUAUUGCCUACGUAUUUCUUACUAAUUAUGAAUGUAUAAAUAUAAAACUUACUUUUUUUUUGCUUGACACACAAAUAAGACACCGAAAUAUAAUUGUACAUACUUAGCAGAAGUUUUUAUUUAAACACAUAUAGAUAAUAUGCACACGCGAAAUAUGUAUAUUUAUUUAGCAGCUUUUUGAAACAGCCAAAGUGAAUAGAUUGAUAAUUUAUUUACAUUAUGUAUAUAAUUUAUAUAUAUAUUUAUAUACAAUUUACUUUCUCUGUCUCCCCUAAAGCUAAUAAAACAUUUUAUUUUGUUUACACAAUGCUGAAAAAACUAUUAAGAAAAUAAUUUGAUUUAUCUUCGAAAACAAUAUUUCAUAUAAUUGCUAAAAUACGAUAUUUAUUUUUGUUUGAAUAAGUUUAGCAUUGCGGAAACAUAUCCCUGGCGAUAUGUAACUCUAUAUAUAUUGAGUUCAUAUUAUUUUAUAUAUAUAUAUAUAUAUUUAUGUAUAUAUAUAUAUGUUAAGAUUGUUUCUAACUAUUUUACAUUAUACUUAUAAAAUAUAAUCAAAAAAGUAUGGACGAUACACUUUUACUCGAGAAAUUUGUUUUAUAACUUUAUAACAUUAUACAUAUAUAUAUAUAUAUAACUACAAGAUUUUUUGAUUUCUUAACAAUUAGCUUUCGAGAUUGAUAGUAGUAUGUAUAACUUUUUUUACAGUAUAUAAUGGUGUAUUCUCUCUUUCUAUAUAUCUUUCAUAUAUAUAUAUUUUAUAUAAAUAAAAUUCGUAAUCGUACCAAUUAUUCCAAGAAGACAAAUGAUUGCAUUUUAUAUAAAAUGUAAUCACAAGAGAU